AUGACAGAGUUCCAUCGGAUGGACUUGCAGCAAUCGAAUCCGAAAACAUACUUUCUAGUCUUCGUCGUUCCAAUCGCUGUGCUAUUCAUCCAUGCGCUGUUGCAAUACUCGGAUGGUAUUUGGAUCAGUGAUCCGACCAGCAUGAACAUUGGUCGUCAAAUACUACAAAAUAAGCAACAACAACAACAACAACAACAACAACAACAAAAGGCGCAUUCAAACUACAACAAAGAUGAACAAGAGCGAACCAUCGUAGUUUAUACUGGUCCGACCAGUCUCGAUCGAAGUACAGGAAAGAAUGAACUCUACCUUCGCAAUUUUGAUUACUUUUUGGCCCACAAGGGUGUCGAUUGUUCCAGUCAACAUCAUCGUCACCAUCAUCAUCAUGACACCAUUAUCACACUCAGUGAGGAAACCUACCAUCAUUAUACCACACAAAACCAACAAUUUCAACAUCUCAUGAACGAAUGCGGUCCAAAGGCCCUUCGAGUGGUCCAACGACAAGACACCUGUUAUGAUUUGGGGUCCAUUCAUUUGGUUUUGAAUGAUGCUGAUAACUUCGAUUUGACCCCAUACGAUUACUUUGUCUAUUUGAAUUGUGGAGUGGUGGGACCCUUGUGGUGGUCUAGUGACUUGCCUUGGACCACCUUUUUUACAUCCCUGCUCAACGAUCGCGUCAAAAUGUCGGGCCUUUCGGCCAAUUGUCGCCAUCGGGAUGGCUUUUCCGCGCACCUUCAAAGCAUGGCCUUUGCGCUCGAUCCAAGAGGAUUGGAAAUUGUUCGAAACUCGGGGGCCAUUUACGAUUGCAUGAAAGGUAAUGAUGCAAUGACCAUGACAGACAAGAUGGAUUUGAUUGGUCGGUACGAAUUGGGCAUGUCCAGGGCGAUAUUUGAGCAAGGAUACAGCAUUUCAUCGUGGCUAUGGUCCCUAGGGCGCAACAGCAACAGCGUCAGUCAUGGAACUGGACAAAGACAAGUACACGAGCCUGUGGUCAUGCACGACCCGAAUCAUAAAUGUCGUGAUGUUUGGUAUGUCGAUCCAUUUCUAAGGAUUUCCAGUAACUAUCCAAGACGCUCUCCAAGUUGGAACAUGACCUUUUUCAAGACAUCUCGGUUCAUUCCACCAGAUAUUCUGGAAGAAGUCGGAUAUGAACUGACCAAUAAGCCCAUGAAAGAUCUAGUGGGUGACUAUUCCAAAGCUGUGGCAUCCAGAUUUUGGGCAUUUCAAAUGGUGCAAUCGGUUUUCGUGGAGUGA